AUUUUCUUUGUAUCUUUCUUCUUUCAAAACCGAAAACAAGAGACGAAGUCAAAAAAAAUCACUUAGAUAACGACAUUGAAAAUCUUUCCUUAAUUUUUCACGACAAUAAUAUAGUAACAAUCAAUCAACAAUGUUUUUCACCAAGAAGGCUAACAGAGCAUCUGCUUCUUCUUCCAUUUCCAUGGCUCCAUCCCUCUCCUCUCUCCUUCCUCAUCCUCAAUCUGCCUCCUCUUCCUCUUCCUUUUCUUUUAAUCCCAACCCAUAUCUCGCCCACCGCUAUUCUCUCCUUCCUCUUCGCCCUCAAUCUCUCAAUCUCUCCGUCGGAUGUUCCUCUUCGUCUGAUAACAAUAAAAUCACUUACCCACCUCCUCCGCAACCCUCGCCGCCGGAGAAAAAGUCGUUCGCUGUUGCUACUGGUGAACUCUUCUUGGGUAUUGCGUCGAGGCUUUUGAAAAGUGGUAAAGGGAAUAAAAAUGGGAGCUUAUCUUCUUCUGGGGUUUCGUUGUUUGAGAAAUCGAAUGGGAAUGGGAAUGGUAACGGGAGUGUGGAUUAUGAUGAGAGGAUUGGAGCGGUGAUGGAGGACGAGAUAGAGCCGGAGGUUAUUUGGGAGCAAAGGGUUAAGGAUAUUGAGGCUGAGAAGGAACGGCGUGUUAUUACGAGUCCUGGGUUUAGUUUUUCUGCUGCUGGAUUGUUGUUUCCUUAUCAUCUUGGUGUUGCUCAAUUGCUUAUUGAGAAGGGCUACAUUAAGGAAACCACACCUUUGGCCGGUUCCUCCGCUGGUGCCAUAGUCUGUGCAGUUAUUGCUUCUGGAGCUAGUAUGCAGGAGGCCCUACAAGCUACCAAAUUACUGGCUGCAGAUUGCCGGCUAAGAGGGACUGCAUUUAGACUUGGGGCUGUUCUUCGAGAUGUUCUUGAAAAGUUUCUCCCAGAUGAUGUUCAUAUUAGGUCCAAUGGGAGGGUUCGUGUUGCUGUAACUCAGAUUUUGUGGAGACCCAGGGGCUUAUUAGUGGAUCAAUUUGACUCCAAGGAAGAUCUCAUAAAUGCAGUUUUCACUUCUUCCUUUAUUCCAGGAUAUCUUGCCCCAAGACCUGCCACAAUGUUCCGGAAUCGACUUUGCAUUGAUGGGGGGCUGACGUUGUUUAUGCCACCAACAUCUGCUGCUGAGACGGUUCGUGUUUGUGCUUUUCCGGCGAGUAGAUUGGGGUUGCAAGGAAUCGGGAUUAGUCCAGACUGCAAUCCUGAAAAUAGAGCCAGCCCAAGAGAGCUCUUCAACUGGGCAUUAGAGCCAGCAGAAGAAGGCAUUCUUGACAGGCUCUUCGAGUUAGGAUACAUGGACGCAGCCGUGUGGGCCAAGGAGAAUCAAGUUGACAACAUAGUUGAAGAAGAUGGUCCUUCAGCCCAAAAUGGUUUUGCAAAAAGCUCAUCAUAAUGUAUUUAUCCUAGUUUGAUGUUGAAGAUGCAUGAGAUUAUAGGUUCACUGUUGACCAUCUUCAAUUCAUAGACUCAGUUCAGGGAGGAGAAUUCUCACCGUUGAUCAAAAUAGUAUCAAGGGUGUAGAUUGCAGAUAUUCAGUUAUAGUGUAUGUUGUAUAGUAAGAUUAUUAAAUCAAUGUAAGAUAUCAUUAGCUAGAAAAAUUUAAAAAAAAAUAGAGAGCCCUAUGGUUUAGGGGGGUUUUUUAUACGAUAAAAGCCAAAGAUUUUAGUAUGAUAACUUGGUAUACUGUAUUUUUUUCGUUUUAUAAUUUUUAUUUAUUUAUUUUUAUAUGGUUUAAAA